AGCUCAGUCGGAUGAUAAAAAUUUGGGUCUUAGCUAGUCUCCGACCGCUGCUAAGUCAACAUCAAAUUAGUGUUAAAUUUAGAAACAAUGUUGCCGCUCAAUAUCCUACUAUUCUUCGCGACCUUCAUUGGGUUUUGUAGUUGCUCCAAAAUUUUAUUCCUUUCGCAACUACCCACCAAAAGUCAUUACAUACUAGCGUCAAAACUCGUUAAAGAAAUGGCGAAAAAAGGGCACGAAGUUACUUUUAUCACGCCCUAUGCUAGCACAACCCAAGUCAAAAAUAUCACUCAAAUACCAUUGGAAGGUUUACGGAAAAUUUUUUCGCCCGAAACAGCACGUGUGUCUAUAUCGACAACCGAAGAUGCUACCCCAAUGCAAAAAGCCAAGGAAAUAAAUCAGAUGAACUACAUGCUCAGCGAAUUUUUGGUUUCUCACGACAAAGUUCAAAAUUUGUUAAAAUCGCAACAACAUUUUGACGUUGUUAUCCUUUACUACUAUUUCAAUGACGCAUUGCUGGCACUAGCACACCAUUUUAAAGCACCCGUGGUACUAUUUGCUUCAAUGCCGCUCUACGUUUCUGAGAGUUUUCUUCUAUCAAACCCAGCGCCAUCGUCGUACGUUCCAAAUAUAAUACUCAAACAUACCGGCCAUAUGGACCUUUGGCAACGUCUAGAAACCACUUUUUAUGACGCUUGCAUGAUUUUAUACUACCAGUGGGCCAUGUUGCCCAAACACCAGAAACUUGCGGAAACUUUCAUCCCCGGGAAACCCGACUUGUACAAAAUUUUAAACAACGAAAGUGUAAUUUUGAUCAAUUCGCACGUUAGUGUGAAUGAGGCAGUACCUAUGGUACCCAACGCUAUAGAAAUCGGUGGUUUUCAUAUAGAAGACCCAAAACCGUUACCCAAUGACUUGCAAAAAUUCCUUGACGAUUCUCCUAACGGUGUUAUAAUUUUUUCCAUGGGUUCGAUAAUCAGAAGCGUUAACUUCCCGGAAGAAAAACGCAAAGCGUGUGUUGAUACUUUCGCGAAGCUCAAGCUCAACGUUUUGUGGAAAUUUGAAGAAAACAUCGCUGGGUUGCCGCCUAAUGUUAAAAUCAUGGAUUGGAUUCCGGUUUCCGACGUUCUAGCUCACCCUAAUGUAAAAGCUUUUAUCACUCAUGGUGGUUUACUAAGUACCAUGGAAGGUGUGUAUCAUGGCGUACCACUAGUUGGAAUACCCAUUACGGUUGACCAGAAAAUGAACAUCGCGUUGGCCGCUUCUAACGAAUAUGGUGUUGAAGUUUCCUAUAAGGAACUAACAGAGGAGACACUGUCGCAAGCACUAGACGCAGUUUUAAAUAAUCCAAAAUACAAACAAAAUAUACAAAGACGUUCAAAAAUAAUACGAGACAGACCUAUGAAGCCUAUAGAUGAAGCUCUUUAUUGGAUUGAAUACGUUAUUCGUCACCAGGGAGCCCAACAUCUUAGGUAUCCAGGGGCCGAUUUGAACUGGUUUCAGAGAAAUUUGAUCGAUGUGGCCGCUUUCGUCGCUUUCGUCGCACUGGUGCCAAUAUUUGCAGCAAUUUUUAUUUUGAAACAACUUACGAAGAACAACAUCAAGCAUAAAAAAGAAUGAGUAAAAUUGUGAAUAUAGGAAAGGAAGGUUGUUUGUAAUUUUCUUGUGAUAUUAAAGACGUAUGUGAUAGUA